AUGUCGCUGACGAAUAUUUACCAUCUGCGCCGGGUCGCAGAUACCUCAUCGAAGGCAUGCUUGAUUUGCUACAAGCCAACGACCAGCGUGUUCAUCACACCAGAUAACAAGGACUUCUUCUACGUGUGCCCCGCACACCUCCAAGACCGCCACUUCUGCUCGCCGAUAGUCGACACAGAAGGCGAAGCAGCGCGCGCCAAGGAGCAGAAGAUGGCGGAAGAGAUUGAAAAAGUAAAGAAGGAGUACGAGGAGAAGCAAAAGCGGAAGAAGGAUAAAGAAAAGAAAUCCGACAAGGAUGAUAAGGACCUGGGGAAGGAGAAAGACGAGAAGAAAGACGAGUCGAAGGAUUCUGCGAAUGAUGAGAAGGAACGGGAUGAUAAGAUCGAAUCAAUAAAGAAAGGGAGUUCUGGGUCAGACUCGAAACCGGAUAAUUCACCGCGAAUUUUUGCUCUGCACAAAACAUUCUACCAAAUGCGCGUCGAUCGAUUGAAAGGAAUUGAAAUGGCGAAGCGAAACCAGGAGAGAAUGAAGAAUCCAGCUUUGUUUCCUUCUGUUCCUCAGAAAGAACUCUGA